AUGAGGUCUCAGCUUCUAUGGGUUCUUUUCAUGUUCAUUGUCAUAACUGUGGGAGACUGUAAGGUAGACAAUGGUGAAGCAUGCCACCCAAAUGACCUUCAAGGCCUAACCAGUUUCAAGGCCGGAAUUCGCUCCGACCCUUCCAACCGCCUGAAGAACUGGACUGGCAUCAAUUGCUGCAAUUGGGAAGGCAUUUCCUGCGAUAACGCGACCAGGAGAGUGGCAGAGCUCUAUCUCCCCGGCUUCUAUACGUGGAACGAUGCUUCUUUCCAGACUAGUAUAGAUGGCUUGCUAUCUCCUUCCAUAACACUUUUGACAUCUCUUGAAGUUCUCGACCUUGGAGGACUCUCAAUCUCACCGGACAGAUUCCUUCAUCUAUCGGUUCAAGCCUCCCAGAGCUCAGAAAGCUCUCUCUGUUUGGCAACCAACUCAAUGGUCCAUUACCAGAAAGCUUGGGCUUUGGAAGAGCUCGAUCUUUCGUACAAUUCACUCAGUGGGAAGAUUCCACCAUCAAUAACUAAACUGGGUUCCAUUUCUGUCAUCGACUUUGAUACCAAUAAUCUUGAGGGAGAGAUCCCAUUUCCUUCAAGUUCUGGGCAGAUGUCUUCCCUAAGAUUUCUAAUACUUGAUAGUAAUCGCCUCACCGGAGGAAUUCCCUCAACCUUUGGUUAUCUGACCUCCCUCGAAACAGUUUCCCUAGCGAAUAACCGCCUCCAGGGGCCUAUUCCUUCCAGUCUAGCUGGUCUACAAUCUGUAAGAGAUAUAUCUCAGUGGCAACAGCUUGUCUGGUCAUAUACCCCCAUCGAUAGCAUUUCUCAGAACAUGAUUCAAGGACCUUUGCCCCAUGAAAUGGCUUCACUGCAAAAUCUUAAAACACUUGAUCUCUCAUUCAACCUUUUAAACCUGUCUUCCAUCCCCAAGUGGUUUGUAGGACUGCCAUCGCUUUCUCAGAUUUACCUGGCCGGUUGUGGAAUCCUAGGGGACAUUCCUGAUUAUCUGAAAACAACUGGGUCACUAAUAGAGCUCGACUUAUCGGCUAACCAUCUCACCGGAACCAUACCUGCAUGGAUUGGAAGUCCAACUCAGCUCUACCUGUUGAACCUUUCGGUGAAUUCACUGAUCUCGGAGAUUCCUGCAACAAUUACCAACAGAACCUUGGGAGUGCUUGAUCUCCACUCAAACAAACUAACAGGCACCAUAAAUCAGAUUGGCAUAGGAGGGUAUCUUGGGAUCAAGUAUCUCAACUUAUCACAUAACCUUCUCACAGGAAGGUUACCACCUUCUGUGGGUAAAUUAGAAUUUAUGCAGAGUCUAGAUUUGAGCUAUAAUAAGUUGGGUUCUGACUUGCCAGUCUCUCUGGCAAAUAUAAGCUUCUUGGAGAGGCUGAAACUGCAGAAAAAUCGUUUUACGGGCGAAAUACCAGGAGAAUAA